ACUGUGUAGCCAAUUUGGUUCAUUAAGCAAUUGCCAAUCAAGAUUAAGUGAUUGUUUUGAUUUUCGAGAGUUAAUUGGAAAAUGGAAGGUGCCCCUUUCGACGAAACAUUUGAUUACAACAACCAGCCCUUACCAAGUCUCAACUCCACACUGUUGCAGAACAAAAAUCAAGAGAAUUUGAACGUGCAUUCGAUACAAGUGAUGUUAGGGUUGCAACAGCAACACGACAUGUUCGGGAAUAUGGGGUCGCCGAUGGAGUACAAAGGGUCGCCGCAAAAGCUUGACGGGUCGCCCAUGCACCAGGAGUUGGGGAUGUUCCAAGGGAUGGAAGGGAGUGGACAGAAGAGGAAGGAGGAAGUCAUGUUGCAGUCGCAGAGCUUGAGCUCGACGGAGAUUGGGAAUACGACGACGACGCAAAAGAAGAAUGAAAAGAAGAAAAGUGAUAACAAUGGAGUCAAGAAGAAAAAAACUAGGACCACUUUCACCGCCUUCCAACUCGAGGAACUCGAACGGGCCUUCGAACGCGCCCCUUACCCCGACGUGUUCGCCCGCGAGGAGUUAGCCCUCAAGCUCAGCCUCAGCGAGUCCCGAGUGCAAGUGUGGUUCCAAAACCGUCGCGCCAAAUGGCGCAAACGCGAGCCCCCUCGCAAGACCGGCUACAUCAGCUCCAACACCCCCAGUUCCACCAUCUCCACCAACUUCAACACGACCAUCCCCUUCACUCAGACCAACACCCUUAACUCGUCCACCCCCGUGGACACGUGGAGCUACCAGUCGACGUAUGACCUCGGGCCGCACCUCAACCUCCUUAACUCGUCCUCCACCCCCUAUUCUAACUUCGGCUCGCCCCAAAACGGCUACUCGUACGUUUUGAAUUCGCACGAUUCGCAGUUGUUUGGCGCGCCGAUGCGCGCGCAUGAAUACACACCGCCUUUGGCCAAUCAGAGCCCGCCGUUAGGGCGGGAAUAUUCCAUGCUUCAAAYUCAUUCGCCGACGGGUGAUAGCGACUCGAUUGGCGCUAAAAUUGAAUAUGUGAAUCACACGUUGAAUACGUCGCCAGAACGGUACGCGAACAUGUCGCCGAAGUAUGAGCCGAGUUAUCACGAAGAUGGCCGAAUGAAGGAAGUGAAGAAUGAACACGGGAAUCAGACUUAUGUGACCUUACCCCCUUUUCUGAAUUAGCCAAAAUUGUAAAGAGACGGUUUUUUUAGGGUUUUGUACAGUUUUUUGUUCCUUUUUGAAAUUUUGGCUAAGGCAGCUUAGAGUUAAGUACCUCACAUGUGUGCCAUUUUUAUCCAGUUUUAGAUAUAUUCUUUGUAGUAUACGUAAUAUUGCCAUUAAUGUAUAAAUCAUUGAAUUUUUAUAUUUACAAUAAAAAUGUCAAACAAUUCAAUAUUUUUUACGGAGAAUCCUAACGUCACUGUAUGAUUGUUUUCACAUCAUUUUAUUGACAUAUUGUUGAUUGUUUCUUUUUCUUCGAACAAUACUUGUUACUGUUUUUCUAACAAAAGAUUAAAUAAAAAACCACAGAUUGUAUUAAAAUGCUUUUAAGGAUUAUUUAAAUUUUUAGAAAAACCUAUUUGUUUUGAUGAAAUGGAAAAUCCGGUACAAAUAG